UUUGGUUCACGAAUUUUACGAUUUGUAUUGUAUUCUCAAUAAAACAUAUUUUACAUAAUAUUACUACAAUUAAUUAGUAUCUAAGAAGAUAAUGGCUGAAGGCACAAAUAAACCCAGUUCCCCAGACGUGGAGGACCCGCCAAAUAAACAAGAUGAUAUAGAAGAUGAGAUUUCUGCUCGGAUGACGGCUUCCUACAGUGAAAUAUCGUUUCACUCGGACCAGGGUGCUAGCGAACAGCCAGGAAACUCACCCGGGCCAUCCCGACCCUACAAUUUGCCAUCAGAGAACAGGAAACAGGAAAAAUUUCCUCUAAACAUGGAUGGCCAUGUUAGGUAUGAAGGAGACAUGACACAUUAUGUAGCAGAUGAUUUAGAGUUUAAGAUAAAACUGUCUAGUCCUAUAACUAAGCGAGGUGAAACUCCAGUGUUUGGUAGUUCCAGUGCCUCUAGAUCCAGUACACCAUCAGGAAAGCUCUACAGACAAAUACUAGCCCCACAGAUAGGUCAGAUUGAUAUCACAGUACUGAAUGAUUUAGAAUAUGAAGCUCAAAGGAUCGCUCAGUCUGUGGAUAAUUUAAUAGAGAAUCUGUCAAGUAUAUUGCAUUCAAAUUCAUCAUUAACUGCUGAGAACAUGGAGGUGUACAAAGAUGCUGUUGGGAAGACUUGUGACGCGAUGGACAAUAAUAUUAAGAGCAUGUACACUAUCCUUGCUAAAGGAGAGGAGGUAUCACAGGCUAUGAUCCCUGUGCAGGCGCAGGCUGCUAGAAUAGCGGAAAUAAAAAGACUACUACAGUUAUUUGAAAGUAUGUUUUAGGUUUAUAACAGUAGUGAUUUAUUAAUUAUUUUGAUGCUUGUCUUUAGAGGACAGAAGCACAACUAAGACAUUAUGCAGACUUUAAGGUUUAGUACACUUCUGGAAAUCACAAACUGUCAAGUCUGUCAGCAAGGCAAACUUGUGCUGUGUGUCAGUACUAAAAUUUAUACCUGAGUGUGAGAGACAAAACAGUAGUAAAGAUUGUAAAGGAUUUACAAGCAAGAUAAUUUAUCUUAGAUAAACAAUUGAUACUAGGACAGGCUAGUUCACAUGUGCAAUAACUGUAGACUCCCAAGUCCUGACUUGAAAAAAAAAACACAAUC